AAUAGAGUCCAUGUGUUCUUCUAUUCAUUGUUAGCCCACUUUCAAUUUCGGCCAUGUAGCUUAUUGAAAUUGGGCUUGGAGAUGCAGGUGUUCGUCGUUCACACUUUCUACCAAGGAAUCAGUUCCAGUUUCCAUGGCUGUCUGAUAAAGAGAAAAUGAAGUAAAAAAAAGAGAGAAAAACAGGAAAUGCAAAGCAUGUUGCAAAUCCUCUGAUCUCGAAAUCAUACUUAUAUGCUAAAAAAUUUGCUGGGAUGAAUGACCUGUUAUUCCCGGGCCGAGGGCGGCCGCCGCUCCUGCCCUGGCUCAGGGACGGGCCUGAUUACAUAUCGAAGGAACUUUUCUGAAGACUAUUACAGACACAAAUAUGGCUCCAGCUCAAAAUCCAAAGAGAAGAGUAGCAUUUGUGCUAAUUGAUGGAUUAGGUGAUGUGUCUAUGCCAAGAUUUGGGUAUAAGACCCCGCUGCAAGUGGCUAGAGUGCCGAAUCUGGAUGCUAUUGCUUCAGCUGGAGUUAAUGGGCUCAUGGACCCUGUUGAACCUGGUUUAGGCUGUGGGAGUGACACUGCCCAUCUUUCUUUAUUGGGUUAUAACCCAAGGGUAUACUACCGUGGACGAGGUGCAUUUGAGUCAAUGGGUGCUGGAUUGGCCAUGUCACCAGGGGAUAUUGCAUUCAAGUCAAACUUUGCAACUUUGGAUGAGAAAUCUGGUAUAGUCACAAGUAGAAGGGCUGAUCGUCACUUUGAAGAAGAGGGGCCUAUCCUCUGUGCUUCCCUGGAUGGGAUGAAACUGCCAUCCUUUCCCCAGCAUGAAGUUAGAGUCAGGUAUGCCACAGAGCAUAGAUGUGGAGUGGUUGUGAAGGGACCUAAGUUAAGUGGGAAUAUUUCAGGAACCGACCCCUUGAAGGAUAACCGCUUACUUUUACAAGCCGAGCCCUUAGAUGAUACUGAAGAAGCAAAACACACAGCUGCAGUUGUGAAUGAAUUAUCCAAGGAGAUAUCACGUAUACUGGUGUCCCAUCCUGUGAAUGCAAAGAGAGUAGCAGAAGGAAAGAAUAUUGCUAAUCUUGUUCUGCUACGAGGUUGUGGUAUCCGAAUUGAGGUACCACCAUUUGAAAAGCAGCACAACCUGCGACCAUGCAUGGUUGCUCCCACUAAGAUAAUUGCUGGUCUUGGGAUGUCUCUUGGCAUUGAUAUCCUUGAAGCUCCUGGAGCAACAGGAGACUACCGAACCUUGCUAACUUCCAAAGCGACUGCAAUAGCCAGGGCUCUUUCAGCUCCAUUAAACUCUUGCCCAAAUGUUUUUGUCCCGGGGGAGGAUGAGCAGAAGCCUGGUCAUUCAGAUGGAUAUGAUUUUGGGUUUCUGCAUAUUAAGGCAAUAGAUGAUGCGGGCCAUGAUAAAGCAAGUGUUUUAAAAGUCAAAGGACUAGAAGCAGUUGAUAGAGCAAUAAGGCAGCUAGCUAAGCUCCUUUGGGAAGCUGAAUCAACAGGAAAGUUUGAAUACUUCCUUUGUGUAACAGGAGACCACUCUACACCAGUCGAGUACGGGGACCACAGCUUCGAACCUGUUCCUUUUGCAUUAUGCCGCUUAAGAGAUUUUGUGGGUGCAGUAGGCGGUGAAUCAAUCCUGAUGGAAACUUCACUAGAACCUUUUCUUCUUCCAACUGUAAAAUUAGGGGAAGAUCUAACAGAAGAGUGCAAAGGUGGUGAUGAAGGAAUAACAGCCUCAGUAAAGGCUUUUAGUUGUGAUUCGGUUUCUGAAUUGAAUGAAAUCACUGCAGCACGGGGUUGUCUUGGUCGUUUUCCUGGGAGUGAGAUGAUGGGUAUUAUCAAUGCGUUUCUCAAACUGAAACUAUAAUCUCUUCGCACCAGAAAAGGAAGGUAAUCACGACUACUCUUCAGGGCACUAAUUGGAAUUCACUGAUAAUUGGUUUUGGUUGAAUAUAAACUUUAUGAUAUUUUCUACAAAUCAUAAAUCUUGUUUCUGAUGUUGUUGUAUGUUACUGCAUUCACAUGCUGAGGGUUCAGAUACUAUUGACUUUGAAGUUCCAAUAUGUACAUUAGUGCAUUCACUGCGUGAGAGUUCAGAUCAACACUUUUUCAUGUUCCUCUUCAUAAAAGAGUGCAAACUUGUGUAUAUUAACACUUAAUGUCAUUUUAAUUUUAUAUUAAUAUGAGUUAAUUAUAUAUAUUUCGUAAAA